GUUGCCAGUACGCAGUAGUAGACCGGGUACAAUGGGUGUACUGAUCGGUGCGUGUCUUCUAUCUUGGAUAUUUUCUCUGGGCUCAGCCACUGACUGUAUGGACUCAGGUUUGAAGUGUUUCCUAGAUCCUUCUUGUUCGGCAAUGGCACUUCAGCUUUUUUCCAACUGCUCAAAUGCUCUGAGGACACCAUUGUCAUCACCGCCCUGUACAGAACACUGCAAGACUGUCCUGUUUUCUAUUCUUGAUUCAAGUGUUGGGCAAGACUUACUAAAGUGCAACUGUUCAACAAUUACUCAUUUACAAACAGAGGAUUCUCCAGGAUUUUUAUCAAACGUUGCCACACUCUGUAAACCUGUCCAGUUGUAUGCAGUUAAAAAAUGUACAACCAGCAACGAGGCAGUCUCUACUCCAAAUUUCAAUGAAUUUUUGAAAGAAAGUGCAUCAGGUGACAAAGACAACAUUCCCGAUGAAAUAACCACCACACUUGACUACUGGCAGACAAAUACUCCACAAGAUAAAGAUGAAGAUACAAUGCCAAUAAUAGAAGAAGAAAUAACAAGCAACCCACACAACAGUGCAUCGUCAACGAUGAAUCUCAUCACCACUGGAAUGCUCACGUUUCUUGUUUACAUUGGCUUCUAACAGACUUAAAGUUGACUUUAAAUUUGAUAAUCAGUGCUGUGUAAGUGAGUAGUAAGUCUUUCCAUAACUUUUAGAUGACCAGAUGGCUAGACCUAAGCAUGUGCUUCUAUGAUGCCAUUCAUAUGUAAAUAUUUGCUAUAAAAGAAGACUAGAUUUGUUUACAAAUAACAAAAUUAGGAAGUGUGUAACUGCAAGAAAUUGACUAAAGACUAUUUGAAGCAAUAAGCU